AUGCCUCGCCAGGACCUAGAGUAUCCCAAGGAGCCGUUCAGCACGGUCAAGCGGAAGGGCCAUCGAGGCCGCUACGAGCUCGAGACGAUCCACCAGAUCAUCAACUCGUGCCCGCUGCUGCAUGUCUCGUUCGCAGCGCCCGGCAGCCCGUUCCCGGCCAUCCUGCCCAUGAUCGGCCAGAUGGGCUCGUUCGAACGCCCCAGCGCUGACCUCGGCGACGUGCUCGACCUGUAUCUGCACGGGUACGUAUCAUCCCGUAUCGUGAACCUGUCGCGGGACCCCGCGGACGCCAACACCAACGAGAAGGGCCUCCCCGUCUCGGUCGCAGCAACGCACCUCGACGGGCUAGUACUCGCCCUGACACCAAUGCACCACAGCUACAACUACCGCAGCGCAGUGCUGUUUGGGCACGCCGAGGUAGUCACCGACACCGCGGAAAAACUGUACGCGAUGGAGCUCGUCACGGACAGUGUGGUCCCCGGCCGGUGGGCAGCGACGCGCGUCCCGCCGACGCCGGCCGAGAUGCAGGCGACGAGCGUGCUGCGGGUGCGCAUCGCCGCGGGGAGCGCCAAGAUCCACACGGGCCCGCCGGGCGACGACCGCGCCGACCGCGACGACGCCGCGCUGCUAGCCCGCGUGUGGACCGGCGUCGUGCCCGUCCACGCCACCCUCGGCGCGCCCCUCCCGGGGCCCUACAACCAGCUCGUCCAUGUCCCGGGGUACCUGGCGGACUACGUGGCGGAGUCUAAUGCUGAUGCCGAGGCCUACGCGCUGGAGGCGCUUCGCACGGUGGAGGAGAAGCCGAAGACGACUGCAGACGAUGACUGA